UACCCUUUUGAUGCACUGCUAAGGAAGUGGGCCUCAAGUAACCUACCCCACAGUCAGACCAGCCCAAGAUGCCUUUGUGGUCAGAUGAGGCAAUGUGAGCGUUUCAGGCUCUAGAAGUCUCCAUCCAGCAUGCAGCAACAUCCACCUAUCGGAAUUCUUCCCCUCACUUUCUAGUGCAGCGGACAGCGGUAUAGGAAGGAGAGGAGAACGCUCAGAGCCACGGAGACAGAGGGAACCUGAGACACGCACGCGUCCCGAACGACACAGAAAGGAAGGGAACUUUGAUUUGACGCGUGGCCGAUAAUGGUGAAAUUGACGAUACGAAAGAGCUGCAUUCCUUAGUGAAGGGAAAAAUUGACAUUUCGAGUGUUCCAAUAUAUGAUGUCCUUGGAUCCUUGCUCAUUGUAGAUUAUAUUUAAUUGCUCUCUCCUAUUUCUGAAAUCUUUCUUUAUUGUGAUUGUACACUUCGUUCACCCGCAUGACAUGUAAGGCAGUCUGAGCGCAUUGUUUCCAGCUUCGUCGCAUGGGAUUUCCAGUCGUGUCGGGUGCGGUGAUGUCUGCAACAUUUCGCUCUUUGUUUCUGGUGCUGCUGAGCCUGCUGACGGUCGGCGCCCAGACAGAAAUGAAGAGAGUCGUCGGGGACAACGCCACCCUGCCGUGUCACCAUCAGUUCUGGAAAUCCAAUGUGCAGUUGCUCGACAUCGAGUGGCUACUGCAGAAGCCCAACUCCAAGCAGAGAGUGAUCAUCACGUUUUUCGGGGGCCAGGUUUACACCAACGAGGUGACCAGCGGGACCAGUCGUCUGUCUUUCGCUGGGGACUACCUAAAAGGAGACGCCUCCCUGCUCCUCAGUGACCUACAGCUGACCGACUCUGGGGAGUACCACUGCAAGGUCAAGAUGGGGGGAAAGUACCACUGGAGCCACGUCAACCUCAUAGUGCUGGUGAAGCCCUCUAAGCCACGAUGCUGGAUGGACGGCAGGCUGCUGGAGGGCAGUGAUGUUAAACUGAGCUGCAAAUCCAGUGACGGCUCAGACCCUAUCAAAUACAAUUGGGAGAGGGUGCUGGAUAAGGGAAAGAGUGUUGGGAACCUCCCCCUACUGGCACUGAGAGAUCUGAAGAAUCCAGAGAUUGUCACCCUGCGGAACCUGACGAAGGACAGUACAGGUGUCUACAAGUGCACUGCCAGCAAUGACGUUGGCGAGGAGAACUGCAUCAUCGAGGUCACCAUGCAGUAUGUUCGAGGGAUGGGCGUGCUGGCAGGUGCCGUGGUGGGCGUCUCCUUUGGUGUUCUCCUCAUCAUCCUAAUCAUCUGGUUCGUCUUCCGCAAGAAGGAGAAGAAGAAGUAUGAGGAGGAGGAGACUCCCAAUGAGAUCAGGGAGGAUGCAGAGGCUCCCAAGGCCAAGCUGGUGAAGCCCAACUCUCUGUCAUCGUCCCGCUCUGGCAGCUCCCGCUCCGGGGCCUCCUCAACACAGUCCAUGGUGCACAACACCGUCCCCCACGGGCACCGCCCUCGGGCCCCAGCCAUAGCUGCCCUUAAGGAGAACGGACAGCCCCCUGACAUCCCCCAGUCCCCCCCAGCAUACACAACGGUGGCACCCCCCAACAAGACCCCUGAGCCCCCUGGCACCCCCAAAUUCAACAUCAACUCCAGGAACCAGAUCUCUGGACCCACUCCCCCCACUCUCAUGGUCCCUGCCCAGACCAAGGCCUUUCAAACUGUGUAGGAUGGAGAAGAAAGUCCAUCCUGGCUAUGUUGAUGUGUAAAAUCCACCCCUUCAAAGACACAAACUCUUCCGUUAAACAACGAAAUGCAAGUAGUAAAAGGAUGUAAUUAAAAUAAUCAAUAAUAUAAAUCCCAAAACUUUUAAUGAAUGCCUACUUAAAAAGGGAAAAUAAGAAAUGCUUGCCCCCUACUGAAAAAAAAAAACAUGAGACAGAACACAUUUCUGUUUAUGUCUCGUGGCUAAAUAACUUAUUUUUACACUUUUCUUUCUACUUUGAAGUCAUGGGAAGCAAUGAGCGAGCACAGUGCUGUGUGCGGUGAGGUGUAAGAAAACCCAGAGUGGAGCUUUUAUUUAUCAAAUCAAAAGGACAGGCAGAGUGUAGAGAAAAAGGAAGAAAGAAGGAAUGGGUUGAGAAAAGAGAGAUCCAAAGUCUGCGGGUGCCGAUGGAGACACGCAGCUGACGACAUGACAGAGGGAUGAGGGCAUGAAAUACUGAGAGAGAACCACGCCUCUUUAUUUUGGCCUAGUGGUGUCUCUGACUCAUCCAACCACACCACUCCCAACAGGCAGACACACCGGAGCUUCCAGCCCCCACUACAACCACACACCCACGGCUCUCUGACAGAGAGCAUGCUGUGUGCCCUGUGAGGAGAGAAACCUCUAGAUCAACCCUCCAGAACACAGGCGGCCGAUGGCACCUUAUUUGGAGAGGACGGGCUCAUAGUAAUGGCUGGAAUGAAAUACAUGGAAUGGUAUCGAACACGUCAAACACAAGGUUUCUGUGUGUGAUACUAUUAAAUGCACUCCAUUCCAGCCAUUAUUAUGAGCCGUCCUCCCCUCAGCAGCCUCCUGUGCUCCAGACUCUGUGAUGCUUUACGGACUCCAUGACAUCUGAGACACAUCAUGUUCCAUGGUCCUGACCCCAUUCAGAGAACAGCUCAUUUGCUUUUCUCAACAGGAGAAACUUUAGCCACAUUCAUAGGAUGUAGCACUGACAUGGUAGUCAGAGUUCUGAUGAAACUUUUAUUUUUCUCACCACAUCCUCUCUCAGCUCUGUGGAUUGGCAAUUCCAGUCCUCGGGGUCUAGAGUGCUGUCACACUGUUCCCCAAUCCCUAGCAAACACAGCUGAUUAAACUAAUUGAAUUCUAAACUGAACAUCGUGAUUAGUUGAUUAUUGGAGUCAGGUGUGUUAGCUGGGGCUGGGGAAAAAGUGUGACACCAAUCAGGCCCUUGAGGACUGGCGUUACCAUCCCAUAUGGUACGGAAACUCCUCCCCAAAUUAGCAUAUGGAUGAAUUGGGUGUUAACGUACAGUAAAUAGAGAUACAUGACUGAAUAUACUGAAUAAUAAUAAUAACUUUAAGACAAGGGAGGUUUAAUAUCUAUUAUAUUUCAAUUUUACUGCCCCUACCAAGGCAUGUCUGGACAGGUUGUGAAGGGUGACAGACAGCUGUCUCAGCCUGAAGAAGUGCCACCAAUCCCCAGGAUGGAUCAUCGUUGCUUUUUUUACUCUUUUAUUUACCUCCACUGUUUUGCAAUGUUACGCAAACCAAAACCUGUCAAAAACUCAAUGAAUGUGUGUUGAACAAAGAUGGUCACUACGAUUAUUUUCUAUGCUUUGUAAGGUACUGAAUAGAAGGAAGUAAAACAUAGGUAGAGAGACACAAAUGACCUUGAAGUUAAUCCCCCAAAUACUGUAGAUGAUUGAAUAGAGGAAGGAGUAUGAUUCUAGGGACUUGUAUUGUACAGUUCCACCCCUGGUAGGUACUCUCCUUGGAUCCACAACAACAGAGUGCCACUCGAUUACUGUCUCAUUGUUUUGAUGGCUUCUCUGUACAUUGGCCAGGCUUUGGCAUCAGCCAUCCCCUUUGUUGUACAUCUGUCUGACCCUGUGCAGUUUGAAUGAAGUAGACUAUUUAGUGUGCCUUUGCAAUCCCUAUCCCCGUUAAUGGUUUCUUUUUCUGUCCUUAUCAUGAAUGCACAUGUGGUUUGAGUUAUAUGUGUUGAUCCAGCUUUGGGAAUCUACUGCCAAGACACAGUGAGACAGGGGCAUAAGCCAAACCUGUGUGAUUAUAUGUAUCUGAUCAGAGUCCAUCUGCGCUCUUUUAAGGUCCUUACUACUGAAAAGGGUCUGUUGCAGGUGCGUAGGAGUCAAAGUAACAAUACUGAACGAGAUAGAGACCUGCACCUUGUCAAAAAAAGAAUAGAUCCAAAACUUAGGCUUGAAUGCAAAAUCAAGAUGUUUAUUGAAACAUCAUGGUGUCCAAAGAAUAUAGCAGAGUGCAAGAAAGUGCAUAAAUAAAAUGUGAAAACAAAACACAAAUGUUUCUUCCUCAGGCCAUCAGUGGAAAUUUUCAGCACACACCUGGUUUCUAUUUCAAUGAUACUUGCAUGUCACAUGGGCAAGAAAAUAUGCAUGAUCUAGAUUAUAUACAAUUGCGGACAGAGAAACAUCAAUUAUUACUUAUAGAUGUACAAUGUGAACAUUUCCUCAGAAUAAAUAACACAGGAUUGUAAGAUUAGGGAGCUAGAGACACCACUAGAUGGGGGUAUCGUACACAAAUAGUUACAGAAAACACUUCAAGAAAAAUUAUUCAUUCAUGCCUAAAAUAGAAUAUGCCGUUAGAAGACCUGCAUGUGGAUACUGUUUGAUAGUGUAUUGUUUUCCAGUGGCAGAGUUGUUGAAUACGCUCACUUUGUAAUAGGUUCCUUAAAUGCUGCACAACUACGACAGAGGUAGAAGCCAGUCACCUAGUGUCAGCCCUAACAGUGAAGUCCCUGACAUUCCUGGCCCUGUAGUGUGAAAAGAGAGGAGGGUCAGAGAAAAUCUUUUGGCAAGCAGGAUCAGCAAUAAGCACAUUCCAAUGCUUCUUAAUAGCUCCCUUGAUGUCAUCACUCCCUUGAUGUCAUCACUCACAGACAUGAAUGGUUUUUAUUUUAUACGUUUUUGUAUUACUUUUAUCCCUUCUGGUAGAGGUCUCGUCAAUGGUACGUACUCUACUGAGAGCACUAGAGGCAUGUAGUAUACCGUUCUUGUCUGUAGGCUUUGUAUACAAAGUAGUGGACAAAGACCCUGACUGAAGGCGUACAAGUGUAUCCUGGAAGAAUAUCUCGCUAUGACUAAUCUCUGCUGUAAACUAGAUCAUAUGUAACCAUAUCACAAAGCAGAGGGUGUACAUCUCCAUAAUGAGACAACAUUCUAUGCCAAGGGAAUGAUGUACAUUAUUCUUCAGGAUCAGUGGGUCCCCUGCGGGACAGUUGAGCUAACGUAGGCUAAUGCGAUUAGCAGGAGGUUGUAGACAUAUCUGAUAUUGUCAGAAAGCUUAAAUUCUUGUUAAUCUAAAGGCACUGUUUAUAGUAGCUAUUACAGUGAAAGAAUACCAUGCUAUUGUUUGAGGGGAGUGCACAGUUUUGAACAUUAAAAGUUAUUAAUGAACAAAUUAGGCACAUUUGGGCAGACUUGAUACAACAUUUUGAAAAGAAAUACAAUGGUUCAUUGAACCAGUCUUAAACGUUGCACAUACACUGGUGCCAUCUAGUGGCCAAAAUCUAAAUUUCACCUGGGCUGGAAUAAUACAUUAUGGCCUUUCUCUUGCAUUUCAAAAAUGAUGGUACAAAAAAAUACAAGAUAACUUUUUUUUUUCUUUGUAUUAUCUUUUACCAGAUCUAUUGAGUUAUAUUCUCCUACAUUCCUUUCACAUUUCCACAAACUUCAAAGUGUUUCCUUUCAAAUGGUACCAAGAAUCUGCAUGCUUCAGGGCCUGAGUUACAGGAAGUUGAAUUUGGGUAUGUCAUUUUAGGCGGAAAUUGAAAAAAAGGGCACAAGCCUUCAGGGCCACACGAACACCCACACAUUCUCAUGUUAGCCGCUCAUUCAAGGGAGAAGAAUAGUGGGACCAGCUGGGCAUAACCUAUCUGAAUGGAAAAGACUACACUGCAGACACACAGUGUUUAUAUUCGUUUCUGUGACUUACAGUAUACAGUUGAAGUUGGAAGUUUACAUACACCUUAGCCAAAUACAUUUAAACUCAGUUUUUAACAAUUCCUGACAUUUAAUCAGAGUAAAAAUUCCCUGUCUUAGGUCAGUUAGGAUCACCACUUUAUUUUAAGAAUGUAAAAUGUCAGAAUAAUAGUAGAGAGAAUGAUUUAUUUCAGCUUUUAUUUAUUUCAUCACAUUCACAGUGGGUCAGAAGUUUUCAUACACUCAAUUAGUAUUUGGUAGCGUUGCCUUCAAAUUGUUUAACUUGGUCAAAUGUUUUGGGUAGCCUUCCACAAGCUUCCCACAAUGUAAAAAAAUGGGUGAAUUUGGGUGAAUUUUUGGCCCAUUCCUCCUGACAGAGCUGGUGUAAAUGAGUCAGAUUUUUAGGCUUCCUUGCUCGCACACACUUUUUCAGGUCUGCCCACACAUUUUCUAUGGAAUUGAGGUCAGGGCUUUGUGAUGGCCACUCCAAUGCCUUGACUUUGUUGUCCUUACGCCAUUUUGCCACAACUUUGGAAGUAUGCUUUGGGUCAUUGUUCAUUUGGAAGACCCAUUUGCGACCAAGCUUUAACAUCUUGACUGAUGUCUUGAGAUGUUGAUUCAAUAUAUCCCCGUAAUUUUCCUCCCUCAUGAUGCCAUCUAUUUUGUGAUGUGCACCAGUCCCUCCUGCAGCAAAGCACCCCCACAACAUGAGGCUGCCACCCCCGUGCUUCACAGUUGGGAUGGUGUUCUUUGGCUUGCAAGCGUCCCCCUUUUUCCUCCAAACAUAACGAUGGUCAUUAUGGCAAAACAGUUCUAUUUUUGUUUCAUCAGACCAGAGGAUAUUUCUCCAAAAAGUAUGAUCUUUGUCCCCAUGUGCAGUUGCAAACCGUAGUCUGGCUUUUUUUAUGGCGGUUUUGGAGCAGUGGCUUCUUCCUUGCUGAGCGGCCUUUCAGGUUAUGUCGAUAUAGGAUUCAUUUUAAUGUGGCUAUAGAUACUUUUGUACAUGUUUCCUCCAGCAUCUUCACAAGGUCCUUUGCUGUUGUUCUGGGAUUGAUUUGCAUUUUUCGCACCAAAGCACAUUCAUCUCUAGGAGACAGAACGUGUCUCCUUCCUGAGCAGUAUGGAGGCUGCGUGGUCCCAUGGUGUUUAUACUUGCGUACUAUUGUUUGUACAGAUGAAUGUGGUACCUUCAAGCAUUUGGAAAUUGCUCCCAAGGAUGAACCAGACUUCUGGAGUUCUACAAUUUUUUUUCUGAGGUCUUGGCUGAUUUCUUUUGAUUUUCCCAUGAUGUCAAGCAAAGAGGCACUGCGUUUUAAAGGUAGGCCUUGAAAUACAUCCACAGGAACACCUACAAUUGACUCAAAUGAUGUCAAUCAGAAGCUCUAAAGCCAUGAUAUACUUUUCUAGAAUUUUCCAAGCUGUUGAAAGGCACAGCCAACUUAGUGUAUGUAAACUUCUGACCCACUUGAAUUGUCAUACAGUGAAUUAUAAGUGAAAUAAUCUGUUUGGAAAGAAUUGUUGGGGAAAUUACUUGUGUCAUGCACAAAUUAGCUAUCCUAACUGACUUGCCAAAACUAUACUUUCUUGUUUGUUAACAAGAAAAUUGUGGUGGUUGAAAAACGAGUUUUAAUGACUCCAAGCUAAAUGCAUGUAAACUUCCGACUUCAACUGUAUGUCUAUUAUUGAAAUCAAUUCAGUUUCACAUGCAGCAAUCUUGUUUUCUCUAGUGGUAACAAUGCUCGUCCAUAAUUCAUACUCAUCUAGGCCUCUGGAAGUCGCUCGCAUGCUAUCUGCCUGGCAAAGCUGUCUUUUAAUAUAGCCAUGCACCGGUCUCUUUGUGUAUUGACAGCUUCCCAUCACACACACACAUAAAUACAGACACACACAUACAGUACACAGUGAACCAAAAGCCGAAACAGUCAGCCUUGUUAUUUCUGUUCCUUCAGAAUACAUUUGAUGGAUGGUUGGCGGGCAUUACGACUGACUGAUGGCACUCCCCACCAAAGGGAGCACAAAAAGAACCAUUGCAUAGCCCAGGAGACAAUACACACACACACAUGAACAUGGCUAUGUGUCUUAACAUUCUCAAUACAAAUGCUCUCUCACAGUUUUCAAAGGAACGUGAGAGAGUAGUGGGAGAGGAGGGGACAUAAAACAAGAUUGAUAUCGAGCCAGAGCUCUAGGCUUCUCCAUUUAAAUUCCCUCCACUGCCUAUAGGAGCAGCUCGGUGGAGGAUAAGAUGCUUUGUCUUUAAUUCCUCCGGCUUUUUGAUUUGCUUUCAAGCAACUGGAGGUCUCAGGUGGAAAAUUCCCCAGAUUAUGAGCCCUCGCGUUGCUUUUCCACAUCUGUGCCAGCUUUGUGGACUGUCAAACCUGUUCUGUUUUCUCCAAAUUAAUCCUGAUAGGCUUUAGUCUGAGCAGUCGGGAAUUUAAACUAGGCUUUUUCUCCACCCCCAGAUUUGCAACACAGACAACAUGGGUAUUAAAGUGGCCCCACUAUAAUGUUAUCAGCAUUCAAACGUAAGUGAAAUGAUUCAUGAUUCUGAUUAUCCUACAUUAUAUUAUAUGACUAUGAAUCUCAUGUAGCCAAUACGUUUGUGAUCUUAAGCAGUUUUUGGGAUAAGCAGUCCAGCAUGACAGAUUGAAGCUCAGACUGUGUUUGGCCAGCCUCUGGUACAGGAACAUGAUGCGUUGUGACAUUCUGAAAAUGGAGGGGUGGAAGUCCAUCUCAGAAAGGAGGAACGCAAAGGGAGCUGCAUGUCAAAAGCUAUCGAGCAGAUGAGGGGGAAUGCUUUGCUUUGAUGUAAAUGUAUACCAGUAUUUGGCUAAAAAACAUGAUUGUAAAUAUAUGUUACAGAAAGUUUUAUGACGCUUUUCAUUUGUUUUCUAUUUUGGUUCUUCCAAAUCCAUGUACUUUGCACCUUUGUGUGCUGUGCUCAUCACGGGUGAUGGUUGGGGGUUGGGGGGGUUUGGCUUUGUCUGUAACGACCUUGACUGGAUGUCAGACAGACAGCUCAGCAUAGCAUCAUUAAGGUAAAUUUAAACCACUCUUUACUUUUCACUAAUCUGUCAUCUUAUUUGUUGUUGCUUCUCUUUAUUUGUCAAAAACAAUCCAUGUAAAUAUUACAAGUAAAAAAAAUGUAUAUUUUUACUACUUCUAGUUAGUUAUUACUAUUUCAUUUGCAAAUAAAAUAUACAAUGACAAGUUA